AUGAUUUCUGUGAAGCCGCAAAUUCAGCAAAGAUGUUACAGAGUUACAUCUUUGCAGAGUUACACGAAAUCAUUCCCUUCUCAACACGCCACCCUGGCAGCAUUUGCAGCUGUUUACAUUUCUAUGUAUUUCAAUGCAACACUUACAGAUUCCUCUAAACUGCUGAAGCCAUUGCUUGUGUUCUCUUUUAUCAUUUGUGGGAUUAUAUGUGGACUUACUCGUAUUACUCAGUACAAGAAUCAUCCAAUAGAUGUUUACAGCGGCUUUCUCCUAGGUGGAGGAAUAGCUAUCUAUCUGGGUCUUUAUGCUGUUGGAAACUUUCAACCCAGUGAAGACAAUAUUCCACAGAAGCCUCCUCCUCCGCUAAGGGAACCAUUAAGGUCAUUAACAGACCUUAGUCAAGACACAAGCAGGAUACUACCAGGGAAAAAUGGCAGUAGCAUUGAUGGUAUUUCUUCACAUCCUUCUGAAAGUAUCUUAAAUAGAAAUAACCGUGAAACAGGCUCUUUGACAAACAUUAAAAGAGCAAGUACUGAUGUAGAAGUUAUAACCCCUAGAAGUCCCAUGGGCAAGGAGAACAUGGUCACUUUUAGCAAUACUUUACCCAGAGUCCAUACCCCAUCAUUUGAAGAUCCAGCAAGGAGAAAUGCAACUAUCCAUGCAUCAAUGGACUCUGCUCGUUCUAAACAACUGUUAUCUCAAUGGAAGACUAAAAAUGAAAGUCGUAAACUUUCUUUGCAGGUCAUUGAAACCGAAACUGGACUCUCGCCUCAAAGAAUAAUAGAAAUGAGAUCAAGCUCUGAGCCUGUGAGGGUCGGUGUUAAUGGAGACCAUAUAGGAUCAGGAAAUCCAUAUCUUAAAUUACAAACCGGCAGUGUACCAGGAUGCAAUAAUACAGGUAUUCCUGGUGGACCUAGAGUUUCUAUACAAUCACGCCCUGGCUCCUCUCAACUAGUACACAUUCCCGAAGAAACCCAUGAAAAUAUCAUGACUACAUCUCCCAAAUGUAGUUCUGCCAGAUCAAAGUGGCUGAAGGUGGCAGAGAAAAGUGUUGCUUGUCGUAGCAAUAGUCAGCCAAGGAUUAUGCAAGUCAUAGCUAUGUCAAAACAGCAAGGAAUGCUUCAAGGUAGCCCAAAAAGCUCAGAAGGUAGUACUGUCAGUUGUACUGGAUCAAUCAGGUACAAAGCCUUGACAGAACAUGAACCAACAAAUAUUGUCCGGAUUGAAGCCCAUCCUGAAAAUAAUAGGCCAAUUAUUCAAAUGCCCUUAGAGGGUGAAGGAAGCGGAUCAUGGAAAUGGAAAGCUCCCGAGAAAGGAACUUUGCGUCAAGCUUAUGAACUGAAUGACCUCAACAGGGACUCUGAAAGUUGUGAGUCAUUAAAAGACACUUUUGGCACCACUGAAAGGAAGAGGAGCAACAUUGAUAAUGACCACCUUCUUCAUGGAAUAACCACAAUACGGGUGACACCUGUAGAAGGGAGCGAAAUUGGCUCAGAGACUGUAUCCAUAUCAUCAAGUCGUGACUCUACUCUAAGAAGAAAAGGAAACAUCAUUUUAAUUCCUGAGAGGAGUAACAGCCCAGAAAGCACCCGAAACAUCUUCUACAAAGGAACAUCACCAACACGCACAUACAAAGAAUGA